AUGAUUAUUCAAUCAUUCUGGUUACGUCAUGGAUUGAUGACGAACGAUUGGACGAAUAUCAUAAUCAAUUCACUCAACCUGUCAGUUCUCAGUUGCUACGUCGCAGCCUAUGCCUACUAUCAACCUAAACGAAAAUAUCUAAUUGGGCAAAUCAUUGGUGCAGCUGUCAUCAUCAAAUGUGCAUUUUUGUAUGUGGAUUCUCAUGAUUCUGAACAUGUGAAUGCGGCAAUGGGGUCAGUAGCAGCAGGAGCACAAAUUUUGGGACUUGGAGGAAGACUUUACGAAAUGAGAAGAGCAAUUAAAAUGGGAACAACUGAAUAUAUUCCCGCAGUCAUGCAAUUUGCUGUUACUGCCCUUAUGGCUCAAUGGUUCAUCUUUGGUGUCAUCACUGGAAACAAAUUCAUUGCGAUUGCAAAUAUAGCUGGAUUGAUUACCAGCGCAUUCACAGUAAUGCUCUAUUUCCAAUACCCUCCACUCACAUGGACAGUUCCAAUAUUCAAUAUUCCACCACAACAAAGCCAAAAACAAGAAUGA